CCCGUUCCCCACCCCCCCCUUCUCGCCGCGCUCCUGCACCGAUUCGCUGCGCGUUUAUUGCCUGAUUAUUCGAUCCACGGGGAAGGGGAUAGGCACAUACGAUUCGCCGUGUGCUGUGCUGCUUUGUUUGGUUCGAGUCGACGCCGACCGCCGUGACGUCCGAGCCGCCGAUUUGGUUGCCCGUACUCGGCCUCCCACUCUACUUGUUCAUAGCUAGCUUCUUCAUACAUGAUACAGAAAAAUAAAAUGGAUGUCCACAACAUUGGGGACCAUGAUUAUUUCCAAGAAAACAUCCUGCCACGCGGAGGUGAACAAGUUGCUGGCGUAAUUCUGAAAAGGCUGGGCCUCCAGGUCGCAUUUGGCUUCGAGAAGUUGCUCAACUUGGAGAUGCUGGUCAUGGAGAUCGCUCGCCGAGCCGCUGAUAUCGAGCCGCUCAUGCGGGGGCCUCAAUCGAUUACAGCUGAAUCGGUCGACAAGGCUUUCGAAUUCGAUGUCCUGUACGGUAUUGUAGAUUCUGAAGUCAACGAGUUGGAGAAGCUAGUUGGUUCUAUGCAAAUGGAUAUUGGCAAUGCUGAAGACAAGGUUUCGGAGGAAGAACCAGGGAGCAGGGUGAGGGACAAGCUGCAGGCUGCCACCGAGUCUUUGAAGCAGAUGCAGGAGCUGAUUUAUGCUAUUAGAAGGGAGUCUGCAAGCUUUGAGAAAGUCAUACCACAUUCACACGAUAAACAGGGAACUCCUCAAGGAGUUGGAUAUGAAAAUGGUCACAUGUCAGCUCAUACCACUAUGCAGGCUGAGGAUCAAAGAAAUGUCCUGCAGAUGUUAGAACAGUCAAUAGCAAGUGAAUUAGAUCUUGAGAAGAAGCUAUGCGAUACAAGGUCUGUUGUGGAGGAACUCAAAAUGAAGCUGCAUCAUGCAGAACAGGAAUCAUAUUUCUUGGAUGAAUCGAUCGAAGCGAUUUAUGAAAGAAUGCUCACAGCAGAAAAUGCCUCCCAGUUGUUUCUUGGAACUUCGAAGGAACUCAUUGGUAAAAUUAAUACCAUCCAGUUCGAUUUAAGCGCGUCAGUUCGUAGGGAAGGUGAUUUUAAAUCGAAGUUAAAGCAAACCUUGAUGAAAUUAAAUGCCAACAAGAGCACUCCGGAGAUAAUGCUAGGAGACAGUGAUAACAACGCCAGUCAGGAGGCUAUGCAGACUCAGACACUAUCACCUCCUGAGUUCUUCACUUUGCGGGAUAAGAUUCUGCAGCUAGAGGAGUGGUUGAGGGACUGUGGCUCUCAUCCGCAGUGGUCACCGCUGUCAAGAGGAGCAAAUGAAGAAGAGCAGAAUAUGAUGCAGUCUGAGGUAAGCACAUUCGGGAAUAUUACCAGUGAUAUUAAAGUUGCCAUUUCCAAUGCAGAAAGAAGAACAAAAAAUGCUGAAGCAAGGUGUACACAGCUCACUCAAACUAAUAUUCAACUUAAUGGGGAGCUGAACUCUCUUAAAAGUCAAGGGUCAGAUAGGGCUGGCUUAUUGGAGAAGAAACUUGAGGAAUCAGACACUCAGUUAGAGCACGCAAGAGCAUCAGUUGAUGCUAUUGUUGAAAAACAGAGUAUGUUAAGAUCUUCGAUGUCUGAUAUGGAACAGAUGAUUGAAGAUCUGAAGGAGAAGUUUUUGAAAGCUGAAACCAGGGCUGAGAAUGCUGAAUCAAAAUGUACAUUGUUGUCAGACACUAAUUUAGAGCUUAAUGAAGAGCUAUCAUUUCUGAGAGGUCGAGUAGAAGGUCUAGAAAACUCAUUGCAUCAAGCCAACCAACUGAAGAUGUCCACUGCAAAAGACAUUAGUAUUAAAACAAAAACCAUCACUGAUUUGGUUGCAAAACUUGCCUUGGAAAGAGAACGCCUUCAUCUACAGAUUGCUACACUAACAAAGAAGAACAAGAUGUUGGCUCAAAAAUGCAAAGAAAAUGUUAAUGAAGCUACAUUAUCAAGCAAAAAGAUUACUGCUAACAAAGGUGAACUCCGACCCAUUGAAGUAACAGAGGAAGCAGUCGUAGAUCCUUCAUCAACAGAAACCAAGGUGACAACGAUUGCUAACACUCUCCGAGAGCAGGAAGCUGAGGUGACUCCUCCACUGGAAGAUGAAUUUGGCACAGAGAACACAUUCGAGACAGUGCGCUCCAUUGAGCCGACGCUGCUAAAUUGGAAGCACAUUUUCGCAGCAGUCCUGGUUUUGCUGGCUGCCGUUUUCGUGUACCUACUAUACCAAGAAGAUGACAGAGUCCAACAGUUACUAGGGCAAUUUGUAGGUUUGUAGCAACCAGGUAGAAGAAUAAGACCUAUCUUGCAAUAAUGCUCAUUCCUUACGUUGUAGGGACGUCAAUUUUGGUAGCAGCCGCCGUUGCAAGUGUUUCAGCUUUUGCAUGUAUCUCCUUAGCAACCCUCGCUCUUUUCCCUUUCAUGCCCUGAUUCUAAGUAUUUAUAGAUCCGACAGACUUCUUUUUGUAAGAGAGGGAUCGUGCAGCAUUUGCUUUAAAACUUUCGUUCUCAUCAGUUUGCAAAUUUGCAUUCCGUGAUGCAUGACGGAAUAUUCGUAUUCAUAGAUGACAAGCAACACCGAUCUUCACAAUUUCGCAGAA